AUCGCAGUGGCGGGAGCGCAAGUGUCAGCAUGAGCGAGCCGGGCUUGGAGCUCGCGUCCAUGAUCCCCGCUCUUCGCGAGCUGGGCAGUGCCAGUCCAGAGGAAUAUAACACAGUGGUACAAAAGCCAAGACAAAUUUUAUGUCAGUUCAUUGACAGAAUACUUACAGAUGUAAAUGUUGUUGCAUUGGAACUUGUAAAGAAAGCGGACUCUCAGCCAACCUCUGUGAUGCUGCUUGAUUUCAUCCAGCAUAUAAUGAAGUCCUCCCCACUUAUGUUUGUAAAUGUGAAUGGAAACUACAGGCAAAAUGAAGCCAAAGACAAUUGUAUUGAGUUCAGUAAUUGGAUCAUAACAAGACUGCUGAGGAUUGCAUCAACUUGUCAUAUGUUACACAAGAAGAUCUGUGAAGUUAUUUGCUCAUUAUUAUUUCUUUUUAAAAGCAAGAAUCCUACUAUUUUUGGAGUACUGACAAAGGAAUUAUUGAAUCUCUUUGAAGACUUGAUUUACAUCCACAAAAGACAUGCAGGGGGACAUGUUGUGGAAUGGCCCGUGGUGGUUGGUCGAUUUUCAAGUCAAUUAGAUGAACACAUGGGAUGUGUGCAACGAGCUCCAUUGCAGUUUAUGAACAUGCAAAAUUUAGAAUUAAUUGAAGUCACUUUGCUAACAGUUCUUAUUCGUAUUGUUCCACUUGUGUUUUUUAGAAGGCAAGAACUUUUACUUUGGCAAAUAGGCUGUGCCCUGCUAGAGUAUGGUAGUCCAAAAAUUAAAUCCUUAGCAAUUAGCCUUUUAACUGAGCUCUUUCAGCUUGGAGGACUACCAGCACAACCAGCCAGCACUUUUUUCAGCUCAUUUUUUGAAUUAUUAAGAUACCUUGUGGAAAUGGAUGCUGACCAUUUGAAGCUCUAUGAGGAGCCAUUAUCACAGUUGAUCAAGAGACUAUUUCCCUUUGAAACAGAAGCUUAUAAAAAUAUUGAACCCAUUUACUUAACUAUGCUACUUGAAAAGCUCUGUGUCAUGUUUGAAAAUGGAGUGCUUACGCAGCUUAAGUCUGAUUUGCUGAGAGGAGCUUUGUGUCACUUACUGCAAUAUUUCCUCAAAUAUGUGCCAGCUGGAUAUGAAUCUGCUUUGCAAGUUAGGAAGCUCUAUAUAAGAAAUAUUUGUAGAGCUCUUGUGGAUGUACUUGGAGUUCAGGUAGACGUAGAGUAUUUGUUAGACCCACUUUAUUCAACAUUAAAAAUAGAAAGUAUGGAAAUAAUUGAGGAGGUUCAGAGCCAGAUUCAACAGGAAAACCUCAGCAGUCAUAGUGACGAAAUAUCACCCAAAAGACUUCGACUCAGUUCAUCUCUAAACCCUUCCAAAAGAGCUACAAAACUGACUGAAGAAAUUAACUAUGUGGAUAUGAACAAAAAGAGUGUAUUAUGGAGUGCACUGAGACAGAAGGUGGAAUCUCUUCUGACAUUCCUUGACUAUGGUGGUCUAAAGAAUUCUCUCCUUGAGACUUUGGAAGCACUCGUUGUUGUCCUGCAGUUGACUGCUCUGUGUACUGUUCAUUGUGCUCAUCAAAGCACGGACUGCCACAAUUUCAAGGACUUUGAACAGAAUUAUAAGAAGCCCCCUUCAGUAGUAAUGACUUGGAUGCCUUUGGAUUUUUAUACAAAAGUGUUAAAGAGUUGUAGGAAUUUACUAGAAACUGUUGAGAAACCUGACUUGGAGGCUGUCAUUGGUAAAGUGGUAAAAAUAUAUGAUGCGUUGAUUUAUAUUCAAGUAAAAAGUUCAUUCGAAGAUCACAUUUUGGAAGACUUAUGUGGCAUGCUCUCACUUCCAUGGAUUUAUUCUCAUUCUGAUGAUAUUUCAUUAAAGUCAACCACAUUUGCUUCUAAUCUUCUCACAUUAAGCCAGAGGAUUGCAGAUAGCUACUCACCACAGGCGCAGUCCCACUGUGUGUUUCUUCUUACUCUGUUUCCAAGAAGAAUAUUCCUUGAGUGGAGAACAGCAGUUUACCACUGGGCCUUGCAGAGUUCUCAUGAAGUAAUGCGGACGAGUUGUGUUCUUGGAUUUUUUAUCUUAUUGCAGCAGCAGAAUUCUUGUAACAGAAUUCCCAAAGUUCUGAUAGAUAAAGUCAAAGAUGAUUCUGACAUUGUCAAGAAAGAAUUUGCUUCUAUACUUGGUCAACUUGUCUGUAUACUUCAUGGAAAGUUUUAUUUGACCAGUUCUUUAACAGAACCUAAUUCUGAACAAGGAUAUAAUGAUCUUUUGUGUAAGUGCCUAAAAGUCACUUCUCAACAUGAAUGUUCAUCUUGUCAACUAAAAGCAUCAAUUUGCAAGCCAUUUCUUUUUCUGCUAAAAAAGAAAAUACCUAGUCCUGUGAAACUUGCUUUCAUAGACAGUUUAUGUCAUCUUUGUAAGCAUCUUGAUUUUAGAGAUGAAGAAGCAGAUGUAAAAACAGUUCUUGGAACUUUAUUAAAUUUAAUGGAAGAUCCAGAUAAGGAUGUUAGAGUGGCAUUUAGUGGAAACAUCAAGUAUAUAUUGGAAUCAUUGAACUCAGAAGAUGGAUUUAUAAAAGAGCUUUUUGUUUUAAGAAUGAAGGAGGCGUAUACACAUGCUCAGAUUUCAAGAAAUAAUGAGUUGAAGGAUACUUUGAUUCUUAUAACAGGGGAUAUUGGAAGGGCGGCAAAAGGAGAUCUGGUACCUUUUGCACUCUUGCACUUAUUGCACUGUUUAUUAUCUAAGUCAGCCUCUGUCUCUGGAGCAGCAUACACGGAAAUUAGAGCUUUGGUUGCAGCGAAAAGUGUUAAGUUGCAAAACUUUUUCAGUCAGUAUAAGAAGCCCAUCUGCCAGUUUUUGGUAGAAUCCCUCCACUCCAGUCAAAUGGCAGCACUGCCUAAAAAUCCAUGCCAGAAUUCUGAAAUGCGAAAGCAAGAUGUGGCUCAUCAGAGAGAGAUGACUUUAAAUACCUUGUCUGAAAUUGCCAAUGUUUUUGACUUUCCUGAUCUUAAUCGCUUCCUCACUAGGACGUUACAAGUUCUACUUCCUGACCUUGCUGCCAAAGCAAGCCCUGCAGCUUCUGCUCUCAUUCGAACUUUAGGAAAACAAUUAAAUGUCAAUCACAGAGAAAUUUUAAUCAAUAACUUCAAAUAUAUUUUUUCUCACUUGGUCUGUUCCUGUUCCAAAGAUGAACUAGAACGUGCCCUUCACUAUCUCAAGAAUGAAACAGAAAUUGAACUGGGGAGCCUCUUGAGACAGGAUUUUCAAGGAUUGCAUAAUGAAUUAUUGCUGCGUAUUGGAGAGCACUACCAACAGGUUUUCAAUGGUUUGUCAAUACUUGCCUCAUUUGCAUCUAGUGACGAUCCAUAUCAAGGCCCAAGAGAGAUCGCAUCAUCUGAACUAAUGGCUGAUUAUUUGCAACCCAAGUUGUUGGGUAUCUUGGCCUUUUUUAAUAUGCAAUUACUGAGCUCCAGUGUUGGCAUCGAAGAUAAGAAAAUGGCCUUGAACAGCUUAAUGUCUUUGAUGAAAUUGAUGGGGCCCAAACAUGUCAGUUCUGUGAGAGUGAAGAUGAUGACUACACUGAGAACCGGCCUUCGAUUUAAGGAUGAUUUUCCUGAACUAUGCUGCAGAGCUUGGGACUGCUUUGUUCGUUGCCUGGAUCACUCCUAUCUAGGCUCUCUUCUCAGUCAUGUAAUUGUAGCUCUGUUACCUCUCAUAUAUAUACAACCGAAAGAAACGGCAGCUAUAUUUUACUACCUCAUCAUUGAAAACAGGGAUGCUGUGCAAGAUUUUCUUCAUGAAAUAUAUUUUUUACCUGAUCAUCCAGAAUUAAAAAAGAUUAAAGCAGUUCUACAGGAAUACAGAAAGGAGACUUCUGAGACUACUGAUCUUCAAACAACUCUGCAACUAUCCAUGAAAGCAAUUCAGCAUGAAAAUGUAGAUGUUCGUAUUCAUGCUCUUACAAGCUUGAAGGAAACUCUGUAUAAAAAUCAGGAAAGACUGAUCAAAUAUGCAACGGAUAGUGAAACAGUAGAACCUAUUAUCUCACAACUAGUGACAGUACUUUUAAAGGGUUGCCAAGAUGCAAACUCUGAAGCUCGGCUGCUUUGUGGGGAGUGUUUAGGGGAAUUGGGGGCAAUAGAUCCAGGUCGACUUGAUUUCUCCACAACUGAAACCCAAGGAAAAGAUUUUACAUUUGUCACUGGAGUGGAUGAUUCAAACUUUGCCUAUGGAUUACUAAUGGAGCUUACAAGAGCUUACCUUGCAUAUGCAGACAACAGCCGAGCUCAAGAUUCAGCUGCAUAUGCCAUUCAAGAGUUACUUUCUAUUUACCACUGUAGAGAAAUGCAAAAUGAUGGCCCAGGUUACCAGUUGUGGAAAAGAUUUCCUGAGCAUGUUCGGGAAAUAUUGGAACCUCAUCUGAAUACUAGAUAUAAAAGUUCUCAGAAGUUAACAGAUUGGUCUGGAGUAAAGAAACCAAUUUACUUAAGUAAAUUAGGUAAUAACUUUGCAGAAUGGUCAGCAACGUGGGCAGGUUAUCUUAUAACAAAGGUUCGGCAUGAUCUUGCCAGUAAAAUCUUCACCUGUUGUAACAUUAUGAUGAAGCAUGAUUUCAAGGUGACCAUCUAUCUUCUUCCACAUAUUCUGGUCUAUGCCUUGUUGGGCUGUGAUCAAGAAGAUCAGCAGGAGGUUUAUGCAGAAAUUAUGGCAGUUCUAAAGCACGGUGAUCAGCAUACCCUAACAGCCCAAGAUAGCGCCUCUGACCUGUGUCAGCUCAGUACACAGACCGUGUUCUCCAUGCUUGACCAUCUCACACAGUGGGCAAGACACAAAUUUCAGGCACUGAAUGCUGAGAAACUUACACAAAGUAAAUCAAACAGAGAUAAGGUACAUCGAGUGGUAUCUACUGCAGAACAUGAAGACUAUCAGAGUGUAACUCGCUUCCUGGAUCUUAUACCUCAGGAUACACUGGCAGUGGCUUCUUUCCGCUCCAAAGCAUAUACUCGAGCUGUGAUGCACUUUGAAUCAUUUAUUACAGAAAAGAAGCAAAAUAUUCAAAAGCAUCUUGGAUUCUUACAGAAAUUGUAUGCUGCUAUGCAUGAGCCAGAUGGAGUGGCUGGAGUAAGUGCAAUUCGAAAGGCAGAACCGUCUCUGAAAGAACAGAUCCUUGAACAUGAAAGCAUUGGCUUACUGAGAGAUGCCACUGCUUGUUAUGACCGGGCUAUCCAGCUAGAACCAGACCAGAUCGGGCAUUAUCAUGGUGUAGUGAAAUCCAUGUUAGGUCUUGGUCAACUGUCCACUGUAAUCACUCAGGUGAAUGGAGUGCAUGCUAACAGGUCUGAAUGGACAGAUGAAUUAAACACAUACAGAGUGGAAGCAGCUUGGAAAUUGUCACAGUGGGAUUUGGUAGAAAACUAUUUGUCAGCAGAUGGAAAAUCUACAUCAUGGAGUGUCAGACUGGGACAGCUACUAUUAUCAGCCAAAAAAAGAGAUACGAAAACUUUUUAUGACACAUUGAAAAUAGUGAGAGCUGAACAGAUAGUACCUCUUUCAGCUGCAAGCUUUGAAAGAGGCUCUUACCAACGAGGAUACGAAUAUAUUGUGAGAUUGCACAUGUUAUGUGAGUUGGAGCAUAGCAUCAAACCACUGUUUCACCAGUCUUUGGGUGACAGUUUUCUGGAGGACUCCCUGAACUGGGCAGCUCGACUAGAAAUGACUCAGAAUUCCUACAGAGCCAAAGAGCCCAUCCUGGCUCUACGAAGAGCUUUAUUAAGCCUCAACAAAAGGCCAAACUUGAAUGAAAUGGUUGGAGAGUGCUGGUUGCAGAGUGCCAGAGUAGCUAGAAAGGCUGGUCACCACCAGACAGCCUACAACGCUCUCCUUAAUGCUGGGGAAUCUCAACUUGCUGAACUGUACGUGGAAAGGGCAAAGUGGCUUUGGUCCAAGGGUGAUGUUCACCAGGCACUAAUUGUUCUUCAGAAGGGCGUUGAAUUAUGUUUUUCUGAAAAUGAAACCCCAACUAAGACUAAGAACAAGUUAAUCCAAGGCAGAGCUAUGUUACUAGUGGGCCGAUUUAUGGAAGAAACUGCAAACUUUGAAAGCAAUGCUGUAAUGAAAAAAUACAAGGCUGUGACCACAUGCCUGCCAGAGUGGGAAGAUGGGCAUUUUUACCUUGCCAAGUACUAUGACAAACUAAUGCCCAUGGUUACAGACAAUAAAAUCGAGAAGCAAGGAGAUCUCAUUCGGUACAUAGUCCUUCAUUUCGGAAGAUCUCUGCAGUUUGGAAAUCAAUUCAUUUAUGAGUCAAUGCCACGGAUGUUAUCACUCUGGCUUGAUUUUGGUGCUAAGGCAUAUGAAUCAGAAAAAGCUGGCCGCCCUGAUCGUGUACAAAUGAGAAAUGAUUUAGCUAAAAUAAACAAGUCUAUUACAGAAAACACAAGUUACUUAGCUCCAUAUCAGUUUUUGACUGCUUUUUCACAGUUGAUCUCCCGAAUUUGUCAUUCUCAUGAUGAAGUUUUUAUUGUUUUGAUGGAAAUUAUAGCCAAGGUAUUUCUGACUUAUCCUCAGCAAGCAAUGUGGAUGAUAACAGCUGUGUCAAAGUCAUCUUAUCCUAUGCGUGUGAACAGAUGCAAAGAAAUUCUAAAUAAAGCAAUUCAAAUGAAAAAGUCAUUAGAAAAGUUUGUUGGAGAUGCAACACGCCUGACAGACAAGCUUCUAGAAUUAUGCAAUAAACAGGUGGAUGGAAAUACUUCCACGUUGAACAUGAGCACACAUUUUAGAAUGCUUAAAAGGAUGGUGGAAGAUGCAGGAUUUAGUGAAAUCCUCAUUCCUUUACAGUCAGUCAUGAUACCUACUCUUCCAUCAAUCCUGGGUACUCAGGCUAACCAUGACCCAUUUCCUGGGCACUGGGCUUAUAUUUCAGGCUUUGAUGAUACGGUGGAAAUUCUUGCAUCUCUUCAGAAACCAAAGAAAAUUUCUUUAAAAGGAUCUGAUGGAAAGUUCUAUAUCAUGAUGUGUAAACCAAAAGAUGAUUUGAGAAAGGAUUGUAGACUAAUGGAAUUCAAUUCCUUGAUAAAUAAGUUUUUAAGAAAAGAUGCAGAAUCCCGUCGAAGAGAACUUCAUAUCCGAACAUAUGCAGUUAUCCCACUAAAUGAUGAGUGUGGAAUUAUUGAGUGGGUUAACAACACUGCUGGCCUGAGACCUAUUCUGAGCAAAUUAUAUAAGGAGAAAGGUGUUUAUAUGACAGGAAAAGAACUUCGCCAGUGUAUGUUACCAAAGACUGCAGCUCUGUCUGAAAAACUCCAAGUAUUUCAAGAUGUUCUUGUGCCUAGGCAUCCUCCUGUUUUUCAUGAGUGGUUUUUGAGAACAUUCCCUGACCCUACAUCAUGGUACAGUAGCAGGUCAGCAUACUGCCGUUCCACUGCUGUUAUGUCGAUGGUUGGCUAUAUCCUAGGGCUGGGAGACCGGCAUGGAGAAAACAUUCUCUUUGAUUCUUUGACUGGGGAAUGUGUGCAUGUGGAUUUCAACUGUCUCUUCAAUAAGGGAGAAACAUUUGAAGUUCCAGAAAUUGUUCCAUUUCGAUUAACUCAUAAUAUGGUUAAUGGAAUGGGACCUAUGGGAACAGAAGGCCUUUUUCGAAGAGCUUGUGAGGUUACAAUGAGACUGAUGCGAGAUCAGAGAGAGCCUUUAAUGAGUGUCCUGAAGACUUUUCUACAUGAUCCUCUUGUGGAGUGGAGUAAACCAGUGAAAGGACAUUCCAAAGCCUCAUUAAAUGAAACUGGGGAAGUUGUCAACGAGAAGGCCAAGACGCAUGUUCUUGACAUUGAACAGAGACUGCAAGGUGUAAUCAAGAACCGAAAUAGAGUGACAGGGCUGCCAUUAUCCAUUGAAGGACAUGUGCAUUACCUUAUACAGGAAGCUACUGACGAAAACUUACUGUGCCAGAUGUACCUGGGCUGGACCCCUUAUAUGUGAAUGAAGUUGCUUCAAAGAA